AGACACAUCCACAGCUGCACGAAGAGCUGAUGCAGUCUCUUACAUCUCUUACCCCAAAGAUGGAAAGCUCACGGACCGCAUCCAACGAGUUGCUUGCAACAACAAUCGAAGUGUCACUACUGAAACUCUCAUUAAUUCGUGCAAGUUCGAAUCAGGCCCUUUAUGGAUUCACGUCAUCGGCGAACCCACAGGCAAAUAUGAUUCGGGCGCUCUCAGGGGCUCAUGAGAAGUUGAAGAAGGACGAACGUAGACUGGAGCAAGAGGAGAGAAAUGUAGACAAGCAAAUCGCAGAGUAUGAACGACUGCUGCAGCUAGUUGAUGGACCACGAGGAGGUUUUGCACAAGUCGUGGAUGACUGGGUGAGAGUUCAGAGAGAGAGCGAAGAGUGUAGGAAAGACUUGAGAAGACUUGGUUGGACUGGAGAUUGAGAAUCGCACAUGCACUGGGAGCCAUUCAAAUAGAAAUAUGCAUUUUUCCGCUUCGCUUAUUCAACGUGUGGCCCCCUUCUACUUUACUAGACUCCUGCGGCUGCCUAGUAGUUAGUUAACUCAUAACGAAAGGGAUUCGUCACUGUUC